ACGUGGUUAUUGCGUCAAAAUUCAUAUUCUAGUUUUCGUGAUCUAAGUUUUAUGCACUCCACUCUAUUUAAUCUCAGUGGUCCACGUACCUUCUGUGCUAAGCAGGCAACCAACGAUACGUCCAGCGGAUUUAAGUCUGUUAUGGAUCUCCACACAAAGGAGAGACAUUUUUCCGGGCAGCUAUACAAAUAUACAAAUGUAGUUAAAGGAUGGCAAUAUCGUUUCUUUCACGUAGAUGCAAAUGCGGGACUCUUGGAUUAUUACCUAUGCGAAGGUGAGAAGCCGGAAAGCAUGGUGCCGAGAGGUUCAAUGCAUUUGGCUGGUGCUGUAAUUUGCCCCAGUGACGAGGAUUCUCGAACAUUUACAGUAAAUGGUUCAUCCGGUGAUAUCAUAAAAUUAAGGGCUACAGAUGCAAAGUCUAGGCAGGAAUGGGUUAACAUGUUAAGAGCUGUCGCGGAAUCUCAUACAAAGGCGAUAAGCGCAGGGAGCCCCCCUCUGCCACCGAAAGAGCAUCUGGCAGUCCUUGACGCGUUGAAUUCGGUGCGUUCGCAGCUGCAUCAAACAGAGCAGGCGGACUCGGCCUUGUGUCGAGCGAUAGAAUCGUCGGGAGUCUCGUUAUCCAUCGAUCCUAAUUUUUUGCUGUUAAAAGCAACUUCAGCGGCCUCCUUGCAUUGUUUGAAUCAGUGUUUGAGCAUAUUACAAAAGAAUCAGCACUCGCUGCAGAGUCGGACAGGGUUCGUUGUAGAUGAGGAUUAAUAUUUAAAUAAUAUUAGUUGGAUCUGCUAUGGGAAUGAAUGUUUUCGGAUGUUGAAGGAUGGCUGUUGCUUGAAAUUGCCAGCCCAGAGAUAGAUAGUUUUGAAAUUUGUACAUAUCAUCUCAUAUAUAUAAUCGUAGGCAUUACUGAUUAGGAGCUAUUAUGGACCUGUGAACAAAUGUGCUAGUAUAAUGCAAUUUGUAUAAUUUUAGACGAACACUUAGACAAAUUUUGUAAAUAUUUAUACUAAUAUAACUUUUGUAUCUUUGAUAGGAGGAAACUUAAAAAAUUGCAUUUACCUAUAGUGAAGCUGAGUUUCAAGAAAUGGAAUACGUUGUGAUGUGACUGUCGUUAUGUGUAUUGCAGCUUUAUACAUUCGGUGAUUUUUUUUUGUAUAUAGUGUAAAUAUUAAUAAAUUAUGUCUUAA